AUGCUGUGUGUGCGUGCUCUGUUAGAACGAGAAAGUACUUCGUCACCGAGCUUCCUCCAGAAGAUUUAUGAUUCCCGCUUGGCUGAACGUAUAGUCCUCUUGGGCCUUGAUUGCGCCGAAUACCGUUGGCUCGCCGGUUUUCUCCUGCGUACUGAGGAUGAGCAUCCUGUCAAAAGGGCUGCUGCUGCUGCCACCGGGGGUUUAUCCCAAAAAGACCUGCAAGCUUUGAGAACCGCGCUAGCGGAGAUGGAAGGAGCCCCUGCCAUGGUCCACUUCGGCGACCCAAAACGUGUUGGCUCAUUGCGUCGUGCAGUGUCCCCCAGAGAAGGCGUGAAAGCCCUUGCUCGGGGUAAAUGCUCUGUGGGGCUCGCCCUUCUGUGUAUUGAGCAACGCAAUCGCAGUAUGGUUGCCCAAUGGGGCCUCAGUGUGCUCAUGAAGGGUAUGAAUGCAUCGGAGGCUGAGGGCUUCGGGGACACCGCCGUAUUGUGUCGACAAGCUACCUGUCAGAUAGGAGCCUCCGUCGACCCUCGUAGCCUCACUUACACUCAGUGCACUACCAUUGCUGUCGCUUGUUUGAAGCAAAUAACGGUGGCCACGAACGGCUUAGAGGAGUUUGAAGCGACUUUGGCGCUCUCGAGGAUCACCAGUGCAUCGUCAGAAUUGCGCGAAUUCGUUGCGGAGAAGAAAGCGUGGGAAACUGUGAGAGAACUAAUAUUCAACAAGGAUGAGCGUAUCAAAACUGUGGCGACUGAGGUGUGGUGUAACCUCUGCUCGACGAGGGAGAUUCAGAGUCGCUUUAUGGCUUCUACUGCUAGCGCUCAGGAGGAUCUGAAAAUUCUCACCGCUUUGAGUUUUGCGGAAUCUUUGAAGACUCGUAUUGCCGCUACCGGAGCCAUCGCGAACUUACUCGUGUCCGAUGACCAGGACGAGGAUUUCCCCAUAGUCCGUAUGGCCGUCCGCAACGAGAUGACGGUGGAUAUGAUAUCGCGAGUUGUUCUUGAUGAGCAUGAGGACAUUGGGGUCCGUUAUCGAGCUGCUACUGCUGCCCAAGCUAUCAUUGCAUCAGGUGUAGACGAUUCGUGUGAGACACUCACUGCAGUAUUGAGGGAAUAUAAGGUUACUGAUGAGAAGGCGGACGAUGGUGCUGUUGCUAGAAAUAUGAAGGAGCUAAUUGACGAGACACUUGCACUCUUCGAUAGUUAG